AUGAACCCGAUCACGAACAUCAAGAACCAAAACCGCCUGAACGAAAGAGAGCUGAAAUUGGGCGUUUCUGGAGAUACGUCGAAAUCAUGGCACAAGACAUACAAGGAUUCUGCGUGGAUCUAUGUUGGUGGAUUAUCAUACGAUCUCUCGGAAGGCGAUAUGAUCACCGUUUUCUCGCAAUGGGGCGAGAUAAUUAACGUCAACAUGGUGAGGGACAGGAAGACCGGCAAAUCGAAAGGAUUCUGCUUUCUUUGCUACGAGGACCAGAGAAGCACCGUGCUAGCCGUGGACAAUAUGAAUGGCGUAAAUCUGCUGAAAAGGAUGAUACGAGUGGAUCACGUGGAGGAGUACAAGGUUCCGAAAUAUCGAGAAGACGCCGAUGACGAAACCAAACGUUUAUGGGAGGAAGGCUGCGCUCCAAAACCGAUAUAUAUUCCACCACCAGACGAUGAUGAGCUAUUGAGGCGGGCUGAAGCGAAACGACGCGAGAUCGAAAAAGUUAUUCCCAUUGCCCAGCUUCCCGAGGAGAUAAAGAAAGCGCGGAAGGCCAUGAAGAAACAGAAAAAGCGUGACAAGAAAAUGAAGAAGAAGGAGAAGAAGCGCGCCAAGAAGGAAAAAGAACUGGCACAAAUGGACCCGGAGGGCGAUUGGAAAUCGAAACAGGUGCUGAUGGACAAGCUUGUUGCUGACAGCGAGGAAUACGGCGUGAACGAACAUUUCAACUUUGGCAAGAAAAUUGAGGCGAAGGAAGAACGUGAAUACAAUGCGAGACCAGAUUUCGAAAAGGCUGACUACCGGACAAUUGAAAUUUGGAAAAUCAUCCGCGAACAAGAGAAAGCCGAUAAGAUCAAACGUGGUGAAUCUGUGGCAGCAUUCGAGGAGGGACCUGCAUACCUGCCUACGCGAUUCCGAAGAGACCAA